AUGGAAAACUACCAGAAACUCGAAAAGGUUGGAGAAGCGUGCACAAAAGGCGACUUGCUUACAGCCCCUCUAGGAACUUACGGCGUUGUCUACAAAGCCCGCGACCUCACCCAUGCUGGCCGCAUUGUAGCCCUGAAGAAAAUCCGCCUGGAAGCGGAAGACGAAGGAGUCCCCUCCACCGCAAUUCGCGAGAUCUCCCUCCUCAAAGAGAUGAACGACCCGAACAUUGUGCGCCUCUUUAACAUUGUACACGCCGACGGUCACAAGCUUUACCUUGUCUUCGAGUUCCUUGACUUGGACCUGAAGAAAUACAUGGAAGCCUUACCGGUGUCUGAGGGUGGUAGGGGAAAGGGUUUACCUGAUGGAUCGGGACCGGAUCUCGGUCGAUUAGGGCUGGGCGAUAAGAUGGUGAAGAAGUUUAUGAGUCAGUUGUGCGAAGGGGUACGGUAUUGCCAUAGCCAUCGUGUGCUGCAUCGGGAUUUGAAGCCGCAGAAUCUCCUCAUUGAUCGGGAGGGAAAUCUCAAGCUGGCGGAUUUCGGCUUGGCUAGAGCUUUUGGUGUGCCGUUGAGGACGUAUACGCAUGAGGUUGUCACGCUGUGGUACCGGAGCCCGGAGAUCCUGCUAGGUGGGAGACAGUAUUCUACUGGUGUUGAUAUGUGGAGUGUUGGGUGUAUUUUUGCAGAGAUGUGUACACGGAAGCCGCUGUUUGCAGGAGAUUCGGAGAUUGAUGAGAUUUUCAAGAUCUUCAAGUAUUCACUCCCCCUAUCUUCGUCGUUCUUCUUUUUCAUACUGACCAAAACAGACUCCUAG